UGUAGCUUGAACGUUUCAGAGAAGAGUUGGCACCAUUUGGGGGAGGAGAUGUGGAUGUUAAUUGCAAGAUUGACAUAAGGAACUUGUGUGGAUAUGAGAAGUGAAUUUAGAUGGAAGGAGCGAGCCCAAUGUGUGGGAGGUAAAUGAGAUUGGGAUUAGUACAGACAAGCUUGACAUUCGUCAGUAUGUUCGGUUUCCAGAUCUGUGUUAGUCAUACUAGGUAGUCCAUUCAUGCCAUUGAAAUAUUGUCAUAAAGGAGAACUAAUGUGAAAUGAUAUUUUAAAAUGAUCACUAGUUCCUGCUUUUUAUAUCCUUCGUUUUUCUUUGAAACUGAUUAGAAAGGAUAGGAACAGCUGGUAGAUAAUGUAAACUCUUGUGUCCUGUUUGUUCUUUGUAAAACUCCUAACACUUGCUUUAUGAAAAAUGAACAUCAUCUUUCAUCACUUUUUGAUGUAGCAUGUGUUUGGUCUUGUCCUUCCCUGUAAUACAGCAUAGUCAGUCAUUCUUGCACCUCGUGCUUGAUGCAGUUUGUGCGCACCUGUGAAUGGGAGAUUUCUGCUUUGUCAAACUGGAAAGGAAAGAUUCUUUUUAUACUAACCUGUGCUGCCCUGUAAUGGGUAGGGAAAUAGCUGGUUUCUCUGCAAUAUAUUGUAGGAGUUCCCAAAGUAUCAUAUGAAAGUAUCUUUAAGAAACUGGGAGCUGUAGAAACAAUGAUGCUUGACAAGUUGAGCAUUUAAUCUGUUCUGGUUUUCAUUGUCUGAAGGAAUUAAUUGGCAGCUCUGACAGGGCUGUAAACCUGUUUUUAUUAAAUGCAAAUUAUAAAAAUGUAUCUGAAUGUCAAGCCUUUUCCAGAGGCUCAGCCACAGCAGGGUGUUUGUCCAGAAGAACUACAUGUUCCCAGCACAGAUGGCACUACCUCCAAAAUUGAAAGUGUGUCAACUUUUACAUGGACUGAGCUGCUGCAAAUCUAUGUCUCUGGCUGUAUGGAAGCUCUUGAUUUCCAAAGUGACUAUUUCUCAAUCAGUUGCUGUAGUCUGAGAAUCUGAACAGGCUGAACAGAAAAACACCAGAGAAGCUUUUCUGGAGCUGUUGCCAGACAAACUUCUUGUUAAUCAGGCAAGCAGUGGAGAAUUCUGUGGAUACCGAAACUCCAAACAGGAUAUUGAUCUCGUUGCGAUGCUUGGACAUCUUUUACUAAGUACAGGAUUUUCAAAGGAAAUCCAGCAUGGCCUAGAUGGUUGACCUUUGGAAAACUUAUAAUGUCCUCUGGAACCAGUAUCAGAAAAAAACGGCAGGGUCUGAGCCUGCAAGGUGUUGACCCAGAAACAUGCAUGAUAGUGUUUAGAACACACUGGGCACAGGUUCUAAAAAUCUUAGAGAAGCAUGAUCCCUUGAAGAAUACUCAGGCAAAGUAUGGGGCAAUUUCACCUGAUGAAGCCAGCACUGUUCAGAAUUAUGUGGAACACAUGCUUUUCUUACUAAUUGAGGAGCAAGCAAAGGAUGCCUCAAUGGGGCCUAUUCUAGAGUUUGUGGUCUCAGAAAACAUAAUGGAGAAGCUUUUUCUUUGGAGCCUACGGCGAGAGUUCACUGAUGAGACAAAAAUUGAACAACUCAAAAUGUAUGAAAUGCUAGUAACCCAGUCUCAUCAGCCUUUGCUACAUCACAAGCCCAUCUUGAAGCCUUUGAUGAUGCUGCUGAGCUCCUGCUCAGGAACAGCCACUCCAACGGUGGAAACAGAAUUGGUUGUCCUCCUGAACCAGCUCUGCUCUAUAAUAGCCAAAGAUCCCUCCAUUCUGGAACUCUUUUUCCACACCAGUGAGGACCAAGGAGCCGCCAAUUUCCUCAUAUUUUCCCUUCUGAUUCCCUUCAUCCAUCGAGAAGGAACGGUAGGCCAACAGGCUCGUGAUGCGCUGCUCUUCAUAAUGUCCCUGUCUGCAGAAAACAAUGUUGUUGCAAACCACAUAGCAGAGAACACCUAUUUUUGCCCAGUGCUGGCAACAGGACUAAGUGGCCUCUAUUCAUCUUUGCCUACGAAGUUAGAAGAAAAAGGGGAAGAGUGGCACUGUCUACUGAAAGAUGACUGGCUGUUGUCACCAGCCCUCGUGCAAUUCAUGAAUUCUCUUGAAUUUUGCAAUGCUGUGAUACAGGUCGCACAUCCUUUGAUACGUAACCAGCUUGUGAAUUACAUUUACAACGGAUUUUUGGUGCCAGUAAUGGCUCCUGCGCUCCAUAAGGUGACUGUGGAAGAAGUGAUGGCUACCACUGCAUACCUGGAUCUCUUCUUGCGUAGUGUUUCAGAGCCAGCCCUCCUCAAGAUUUUCCUCCGUUUUAUUUUGCUGCAUCGACAUGAGAAUGUGCACAUCCUAGAUACACUUACUAGCCGAAUCAACACCCCAUUCCGGCUCUGUGUGGUCUCCUUGGCACUGUUCAGAACGCUCAUUGGCUUGCAUUGUGAAGAUGUGAUGUUGCAGCUAGUUUUAAGGUAUCUGAUCCCAUGCAACCACAUGAUGUUGAGCCAGCGGUGGGCAGUGAAAGAGAGAGACUGUUACUCUGUAUCUGCCGCAAAACUGCUUGCCCUGACACCAGUCUGCUGCUCCACUGGGAUCACCUUGACUCUAGAAAGCCAGGGAAAAGAUUAUAUUCUCUGGACAAAAGCAGCACAAACUAAAGAUUCUGGUAGAGGCACUUGUGAAUCCACCUGCAUUGUGGAAUGUGGAAGAACUGUGGAUAUCAGCUACCUGCAGUACCUGGGGGAAGCUCAGGAAGCCAUCCUCCAGUGUCUGAAAGACUGUAAGGUUUGGUCUGCCUUAUAUGAUGGAGUAAACCCUGAUCCAGACACCUUUAUCCAAACGCUUGCUGAGGAGAACGAUGCAGAUGUGGAACACCCCAUGUUUCAGCUCCAGCAAAGGACACCCAGCAUGUGUAGCUCCUCUCAAACAACUCCAUUCAGUGAGAAGAUGCAGUUGGAGCUAGAAUGGGAUGACAGCUAUGACACAGGGAUCUCUCCUGGUUCUGAUGUGAGCUCGCCCCAUCCGUAUGAUGACCUGGGGGGCGCAGAGAUGCAGCCACCUAUAGAGCCACCAAAACACAUUCAGGAGAUGAAAAAAAAUGCUAUCAUGCUCAUCAAAGGAUCUUACAUAGAAGAAUCAGACUUUCAGGAUGAUGUUAUGGUUUACAGAUUAUGUGCUCAGAAGGAUACUCAAGAUGAUAACUCCAAGGAGAAAACUUUAAAUGUAGCCAAAGAACAUCAGGUCGAAAGCCAGACUGUUGUCAAUGGGCCUCUUGAAAACAGCCAGCUGGAAAUGGACUUGGAUGAGCACAGUAAGAGAAAUUCAAGCUUGACUCAAGGUAUAAUGAAAGAACAUGUCAACCAGAAAAUGGCUGAGACUGAUCCACAGCCAGACUUGGAGUUGAAGCUUUCUCCUCAGGAGGCAGAUCAUAACUUAAGUGUAAGUCUGCUGAGCACAGAUGGUGAGGAUUUCAUUGCACAGUAUGACAAAAUUAUUAAGGAACUGGAUCCAAAUAAUGCAAGCUCGAAGGAGGAAAAUUUGGACACUCCUGACCCCGUGUCUCCUGCAGAAGAGGAGGAGGACUUUGAGAAUUUCUCAGCAGACACUCCUUCUGCAGAGAGUGUCUCGUCUCCCUUUGGACCUAAGGAGGAUGCCUCUCCCAAGCGUGCUACAAGGAGCCAGAGUGCUCCGUUCACAGGACCGUUUAUCAGCGUGGUGUUGUCAAAGCUGGAGAACAUGCUGGAGAAUUCCUUGCAUGUAAAUUUGCUGCUUAUUGGGAUUAUUACCCAGCUGGCGAGUUAUCCACAGCCUCUUCUUCGCUCCUUUCUGCUCAACACCAACAUGGUGUUUCAGCCUAGCGUGCGGUCACUUUACCAGGUGCUGGCAUCUGUGAAAAAUAAAAUUGAACAUUUUGCUUCCAUUGAAAAAGACUUCCCAGGUCUUCUCCUGGAGGCCCAGCAGUACUUGCUUUUUCGCGUGGACAUGUCUGAUGCAGCCGAGGAACUGCUAACCAAAGGUAACGUCCAGCACGGCACAGGGAAAGGAAGGAACCUCUCCGAAGCUUCCCCAGCUGUACUCCAGCCUUUCCUGGGACAUAAAGGAAAAAGGGGCCUGGCUCAUCCCAGCCUUCCUGCGCACGUGAGGAAUGCUGUCCUGGCAGCUGCCCUUUUCCCGGAGUUCCUGAAGGAGCUGGCAGCUCUUGCGCAGGAACACUCCGUUUUAUGUUACAAAAUACUGGGGGAUUUUGAGGAUUAUUAUUAGGAGGGUUUUUAAACAUGGUUUUAAAAUGCUUUUGGAGUUUAAACAGAUUUUUUUUAAAUGCAAAGCUGCUUACAAAAGAAGGUUGUACUUCAAUAUUUCCUGAUAAUACUUGAUUUGGAGGGGGGAGAGAGAGGCAAAAUGUCAUUCCACAUUACCUUAUAUUGGGUCUCAUAAUUUCCCUCUGUGCUACGUAACUUAUUUUAGAGAUCCCUGAUACUGCUCUUACUGCAGCUUCCUAGUUCCUCUUCUCUUUAUACAGCUGCACUUCUUCAAUGUCACUGAUUCCUGAUGAAUUUCUGCAAUAGGCACUUGUAGGUUACUUGUUGGCUAGGAGAGGCAAAUGUUUUAGCUUUUUCUGCUCCAGAAAUUCUCUUCUCGAAAGGUUGUUAGACAGUGGUUUGUCUGGAAAAACAUAGCUCCAUGGACAAAGUUUGGGGUAAAAUCUGCACAAAAUCCCUUUCUGUGAGGAGCUGUGCUUCUCCAUGUCUCUGCCCUCCUCCCCCCUUUCUCUCCUUUUCCAUGAGAUGGGGUUCUUACCUCCGAAAAGCCCUCUUUAACUGGUGGCUCAGGUUUGUGAAUUCAAGCGAUCUGUGUGUUAAACCCAUGACUAGUCGAAAGCAGGUGCCGGACCCUACACAUGCCGUGUUGCCUUAUGUUGCAGACAGAUCUGCAGCUAUCAGCUGUUGGUCUUUGAAGUCAAAUGAACUGUGUAAGUGGAUGUGGAUUGCAGACUGCCUGGAAUUUUCCUUGCAGUUCCUCAGCAUUCUUUGAUAACUACUGCAUUGCUACCUAAACUCUCAAGCAUGCCUUAUUUAGUAAGAUUUGCACAAAGUACAAAACAAAACGUGUCUAUGCAAGCGGUAAUUAAUUUGUAGUUUGUUUUUAUGCUUAUUUUAAUAAGCUAAGGAAAGGUAUUCAAUAUCUUUCAGUAGUAUUAAAAGGACAGCAGGCUGGUUUUGUCUUUUUUUUUUUUUUUUUAAUGAAAAAGGUUGGCUUGCUCCUGAAAGCUGUUCUGUUUUAUUGUUCAUUUUUUCGGUUAAGGGAAAGUUGAAUACUGUUUGUUUACUUUUAAUUUAGGUGUUGACUUUUCCUAAUAUUGCACUUUCGGGAUAGUGAGGGGAGGACCAGACUAUUCACCAGCUGCAGGAAAGGAAGCAGUAACAGGGAAAGCUGUCUGCUGGUGACUAACUGCUCGAGAAAAUUCUCUUCUGUGAGUAAUGGGCUUCAUUAGAAGAACCCAAGCAUGAUGAAUUGGUGCAUCACCACUGCAUUCCAUCUUAUCUCAGUAGCAUAAUUGUGCUUCCACUCUGCUGUAGCUGGCUACAUAAAGGGGUGUUUAGUUCAAGAAAGCCUUAAACCCCCUUUUUCCAGGAAAGAAACUUAACAGCCUCUCCAGAAAACCUGAAGAACCAGAAAUCAGAAAUAACACUCGUGCGUGUUAGUUUUGCUUACUGUAAUUCUAUAACACUGGGAUACUUCAGUUAAUCGCAUCCCAAUUUCCAAACACACCUCAGAGAUUGCUUGGGGAAAGCUUAUGAUAGUAAAGAACACUUGGUUAAAAACAAAACAACAAAACCACCCCAGAAGAGUCUAAUUAAUUACAGGUCAAUUCUUGUGGACCUUGCUGUGCAAUUUAAGCUCCUAAAUCCUUUAGAUGCUUCUGAAAAAAAAAAAUGUACCUUUCAUCUACAACUGUGAGAAGCAUUCAUUGUCAGACUGCUGUAGGCAAUUCUAACGAAAAAAAUCCCAAAGUGUACCUCUAACAAAAUCACCUCAAGAAUUUCUCUGGGUCUGUCUUUGCUUGUUUGCUGUACAGUCUUCACUUCGACCAUGGCUGGGGGCCAUGUUGCUUCCUGGCUGAUUCUCUGGUUUGCUUUCACUUCUAACUUGUCUAUUUUUUUUAAGCACCAUUGCAUUGCCAUCCUGUAAAUCACCUUCUGACCUCCACGUGGUCCUGUUUCACUUCACAAGCUUCUGUGGAAGCUGAAGCCAAAGCUUUAUUUUUUUUUUUCCUUUAUAUAUAUUUUUUUCUCCUUAAGUCUCAGUUAUCCAGGCUUGGGAGAGCUCUUCCCUUUUCUUUUUUCCCCUGCAUUGCUGUUGUGAAUGAGAGAUGAGCUAAUUAAGAUAUUUUAUGUCAUCCUGGGGAAUGAUGGGCUCUUCCUCCACUCCUGCUAUUACCCGAAGUGCUGUCUUUCACGCUGUACUCAUGCUGUCUUUCAUGCAGGCCUGGCCUGAAGGAGUUUGGUGGCAUUAUGUGUGGAGAGUGUUUCAGCAUUGUGGGUGUAGGGCAGGGUGUGCUGUGCUCCUCGCCUCUUCUGGUAGGAACUUUGUGAGCAAGAGAAGAAGUACUGAAUAAAUGUGAUCAGCUCACUUCUAGUGGUUCAGAAUCAUGUACUAAAUUGCAAAAGUAAUCCCUUUGUUUUUUAAAGGAGGAUUCCUUUAAAAAAAAAGAAAAGGAAAAUCAAUUCUGCAGACCGGCGCUCAAGGCAGUGAGGUUACUGUGUGAACACUCCCUUCCCUUGUUGUUAUUCUGAAACAACAAUCUUUGUUGGCUGGGUAGGAGUGAUUUCUUUUGAGAUUGUUAAUUUUAACUGGUGUUUUCAACAAAUGUGCAAAGUCAUGGCACUGUUAAUCUCAGCAGGGCUAUUAAGCUACAUGGGGAUUUUAAAAUUUGGACUGCUCAAAAAAGCACCUGUAAAUUUGAGAGAGGGGAGGGUUUUCCCUCCUGGAAGAGGAUAAAGGCAGGUGCAGGAGAAUAAUGACAGCCUUUGGAGUGAUGUAGAGGACUUCUUGCUGAAAGGUCACAACUGUCUGUACACAGUGUCCCCUUGUAAGAGGGAAACCUAUCUGUCAGCUCCCCAAAAGGAAGAGGGGGAUGAGUGCAGUGACCCUGGCUCAGGACCAUAAAAAUGACCAUUGUAUGUGAAACGUUGUAUUUCUUGGUUCCUGAGCUGAGUGGGGCUUACAGCUAUGACUCAGCUGUGACAGAAGCAUAAUGUCAGCACCCAGUGAAAAAAUAUUGGCAGGAAUUACAUCUUCCUGUCUUCAAAAUGCAGAACCUGUGAUUUAUCUUGAAAAUGUUGAUCCUUAGAGAUGAAUCACCUUUUUGUGCGCAAGUUCUUCAGCUAAAUGCUUGUUUAAUAAGCUCCUUCCCUCCAGUUAGCUAAUGUAUUAUCCCGUCUCUCACCAACGAGACAUCUUUUUUUUCAAAGCAACAA